CCUAUUAGGCGCUCAACUCCCAGUCCCAUUUUCGUGUGUGGAAGUCACGCUAUACUAACCGUCAAAAAGAGCAGGGAACGUCGUAAUAGAAAGGCAUACAACACUUUUUCCUGAAAUGAUGUCUCAGUUGCUUGAUCAUAAUCUUCAUCUGGCCUAACUCAGCGCCAGCAGCUUACUAGAGAGGGUGCGCCUUUGUUUUGUUGUGCGCACAAUCGUCACUGGAGAAAAUGAGAGAACAACGGGUCUCCUGGACACAUGUUCGCGACGAUAGUGCAGCAUUGGAAUGUUCGCCGCCUUGCGCAACCACGUGAAGGAGAGCAUGCGACCGCCGACCGAUUGCCGUCUGGCAGAAGAUCCUUAUGCUUGUGUUGUCUGCAGCGUACUGCUCCACAGAACCGUUAGCUGCAAUGCUUCUUAGUGAAGAUCGAGAUGAUGAAUAUUCGUGGCCCCGUUGAGCAGGGCCUCCGCAGUCAAUUCUGAUAUGAAUAUGAUGAUCAUAUUGCAGAGACGCUUGCUCUAGUCCUGAUACUAGUCACGGUAUUCUAAUCCACGCUCACUCAUGUCCAUCACCAUUAGUGGAAAUCUUCCUUGUCGUGUUCAUCAGAUUUUUCGGCUUGCCCGCUUUCUGGGCGAGGCUACCGCGCAAAUCAAACAGAGCAGCCGGAGAGCUUGCGCGUAUGCCUUCUAGACUUCCUGUACAUGGUCCUGUGCCCGCCUAUAGAGAUACUGGCUGGAAUUUGUGCUAUUUUAAGGCCGCAUAGCUCGUCGAAGAUUUCGAGACUUUUUCAGAGAUGUUUCUGGUUCUGCUAGUUGGUCAAUCAGAUAGUAGACCGAAUGGUUCUGAUUUUCUUUGUACUUUUUCGGAAUCGUCUAUACCAAAUUUCCCCCGUGCAAACCGAUAAUCACUUCUACACUGUACGACUAUACAGCAUGAACACCCACAGAGAGAAAAUUAAGCACUUCAGACACA